UUGGUGAUGCGGUGCUGGAGGGAUUGACGCCAUUUUGUUCAUUUGUGGAACCCCCCCUAUAAGGAGCAGAGUGCAGCCAAUAGUUGGAGCCCAGCUUUGUACCAGAAUGAUGGAUGAACUCAUGUCGAACACAGCAUUACCACCCAUUUUUGCUGAUGAUGAUGUGUCAAAAGAGAGUGCAGAUCUGACAGUUGAUGCAGGUUUUUCAGGCCCAGAAAGCUCAUACAGUUCUGGCGUCUCGCAGUCUCUGAACAAUCCAGAGUUUGUGGAGGAUUUGUCCCAGGUGCAGUUACUGCAAAAUGAGUCCCCUCAGGCAGCAGACAGCAAUGAGCAAAGAAGUGAGGAGGAGAAAACUGCCAAGAAAGGGGGCUGGCCUAAAGGAAGAAAAAGGAAAAAAGCAACCAAGGACAGCAAUGCACCAAAAGCUCCACUGACUGGAUAUGUGAGAUUCCUAAAUGAACGUCGGGAGCAGCUUCGAGCACAACGGCCAGAUGUUCCAUUUUCUGAAAUCACCAGAAUGUUAGGAAAUGAGUGGAGCAAAUUGCCCGCAGAUGAUAAACAGCAUUAUUUAGAUGAAGCAGAGAGAGACAAAGAGCGUUACAUGAAGGAGCUGGAGCAGUACCAACAGACUGAGGCUUAUAAACGAUUCAGCCAGAAAGCAGAUGACAAACGACACACAAAAGGACUCAGCCAAGAUGAAGGAUCCCGAGCCAAUAACUUUUCUGUUCCUGAGCAGAGUGAGCUGAAGGAUCGAUCUGUGUUGGAUAUUCCUAUUUUCUCUGAGGAAUUUUUAGACCACAGCAAAGCUCGAGAAAGGGAGCUCCGGCAGCUGCGAAAGUCCAAUAUAGAGUAUGAAGAAAGAAAUGCAGCCUUACAGAAGCAUGUGGAAAGCAUGAAAACAGCAGUCGAGAAGCUAGAGAUUGAUGUGAUGCAAGAAAGAAACAGGAACGUUGUCCUUCAGCAGCACUUGGAUACUCUGCGGCAUGCACUGACAUCAAGUUUUGCCACUGUACCAUUGCCAGGCUCUGGGGAGACACCCACCCUGGAAACCAUUGAUUCCUACAUGAGGAAAUUACACAGUAUUAUUCUAUCCAACCCUCAAAAUAAUGAGAAUCUCAUUGCCACAGUGCGUGAUUUAGUAAGCCGACUUGACAGUUGAAAUUAUGGUCGAUUCUGAAGGCAUCAGCAUCUGUUUACACAGCUUGAGCAGUCGGAAAUGGAAGAUGCCACUUAGACUUGCAAAGGGAAUGAAAUGGCAGCUACUGUCUGAGGCCUUGGAGUUCAGCUUGCUCUGGAGGAGAACUGUUCCCAGCCACAGGUCUUCUUUCAUUCCUAAUGUGCUGAAAGUCUGCCAACCUAUAGGGGAUCGUUGUGUUGCCCCUUGUUCUCUGGAAGCUUGAUCUCUUCUCAUUCCAUCAGUGAGUGACUAAAUGGAUGACUAAAGCCAAAUGUUCCUAUAUUAUUUGUGUGAAACCUUCUCUUGUGGCAUUGAAGACUUUGGGUUCUUACUCAUCAAAUUCAUCCAUUGAAUAGCUUUUUAAAAACUAAAUGGAUUCUUUGUUUUCCUUUUCUACCUUGAAAAUGGCAACAUGUAUUGCACAUAGAAACAAGCUGCUAGAUGAAUCUGAUUUUAAUGAUUCUGGUUGAUGGUUUUCUGAAAUCCUGAAUGAGUUAACUAAGCCAUAACUCUUCUUUUUAAAAAAGAAGUCAAGAAUUCCUGUGUUUGAUUUGGCUAAUGUAAAAGUAAGUUAGACAGAAUAGAGAAUUCCUACAUUCAGUCCCUGGCCUGUGUUGGCUUCCUUGAUCUCAACCAGUUAACAGUGCUGCAAUUGGCCAUAACCAUUCUAAAUGAAGUGGAAGUGGAGAAGGUUGUCCAGAGUUACCAUUCUCUAUUGCUAUCUAGUCAUUCCUGCUUGAAAGUACAUAUUUGACAAAGGAAAUAACUAGAUUUGACAUGCCCCUCAAUGAGAUAAGGGCUGUACAUGGUACAUGGAAGUACACGGUUGGUGAAGACUGAAUCUAACCCAUCAGAAUAUAACAUACAGUUUGCCAAAGCAUACUGUAUAAGCUGAAAAAUGACAGCAAGAACCUGAUAGUAGAGUAUCUGUGGUACCAUACUUCAGCAGCAUCUUCAAAUGAGGAGAGAAAACUGAAAACAUCUAGCAUUACUUGCCAUCGGACUGGUAGAAAUUACUUUGUAUUGGUAUCUAAAUCAUGGAUUCCAGUUAAAUGGCCCAGAGGACAUAUUCAUUUUGUGGUGCUUUCAACACAUUAUUGUUGAGACUGGAACAUAACCCCAGAGAAUAUAUUCCUAGACUUGUCUGCUGUUUCAUGUGAGGCUUGUUUCUUUUUAAUGUUUUCUUGGGAGGUACGGGUGGGAGCUGUCAUUUAGGAAUUGAAGUCAAUUGCAUCUAUUGAAAUUGAGACUGAUGGUCAAAUCUGGGUUUGUUGAAGGAAAGGGUUUAAAUAAUUGCAGUGAGGCUAUUUGGGUUGUGCUCAAGAAUUUGAAUCCAAGCCAACAGAGGGUACUGUUUCCUUGGAUGGAUCCGGUUUACAUAGCACCAUUGGGUCAGAUGGAUUUCUCAGCUUGUGUCUAUUCUCAGAUUCUGCAGCCUGAUCUAAGGUAUGAUCUAACCAGUGUAUGUGACUGAUUAACUGAUUGCAUAAUAGAAUGUCUUUGAAUAUUUAGGAGAAUGCACCUCAGGCACAAGUUUUAACCUCAAAGAACAGAGGUCAUCCUCGUCCAUGAACUGGGCAGAACAUAGCAUGUUCCAAAGUGCUUUCUAUUGAUCAUCCUCCAUUUAGAAAAAUAUGCAAUAAUAUCGGUCAAGUAGAAUUGCAUGUCUGUUAUACAGCCCCCUCAUUUUUACAACAAGGAGUAAAACAUUGAAACAAGCUCAGCGCACUUGCACUGGUGUCAAGGUGGCCUCCAGAAACUGACACAGUUGGCUGAUUUUAAGAUACUCCAAUUGGUCAUCAGGGAAAAUUCUAUUGGAUUCUCAUUUCCUCAUCACUAUCCAGCAACAUGUACGAGAAGAAUUUCUGCUAAAUGAAGGUAUCGUUGAACUUUGUCCACUAGUUUAAUAGCCCUCUGAUGCCCAUUAUGUAUACUCUCAUAUGGAGCACAUAUUUUUGAUUGUCACCACUCCCUAUUGAAUUAUAUUCCUAGCAUGAGUCAUUGCUUAAGUGAGUGAGAACAAAAUCUCCUAGCAUAAGAUUUUCUAUCAGCUUUACUGGUGCCUAAAAUUCUGGUGUUCCCCAUCUAAUACUUCACCCAACUUUAAACACAUAUGUGCUGAAACAAAACAUUAUGCUCCUCUCCUGAAAUUCUGUCCUCCAAUGUGUACAUGUUUGAGAGUGCAUUGGAGUACACCAAAUGAGAAGAAUAAGUUUAUCAACUCUCAGAAUUUCUCCAAGAAUUUCUGAUCUUUCUCUGCAAAUUGAUCCACCUUUUCUUGUUUCGAGACUCUUUAAUCUUCAGAGUUCUGGAGUUUGUAUUUUGUUUGAAUAUAGAUGAAAUCGUAACCUUAAAAAACAUACAAACCUUAUAAGGGUCAAACAACAAAAUUUCCAUUUGUAGAAACACUGUGAUCUCAUACUGUUUUGAUAAACUGUCUCUCGAAGGUUGUUGGGGAGCACAGCCUGAUCUAAGCCACUGCCAGUAGACAUGAUAAUGAUAAAGAGAAUAGUCCGUAAUGUUCUGCAACUGAGCAGAUGCUCUUUCAAACUGUUAACUGAUUGAACAGUUUAUGCAUACGGUGCAUUUUGAAGGAGUUACAGUGUAACUGCAGUUAAACAUGAAAACUAUUGAAUAUUUAGGAAAGUUGAUCACUCUUAUGUAUGUGUUUUUAAAAAAAAAUGUCCAUGUCACUAAAGAACGAGGUACGGUCACAAUAAAUACUUUUUGAUUUUG